UGAUAUCAAAUGGUCCAAUAGCCUUUCUUGUUGACAUCUGAUCGCUUCAUCGCUUCCGCUACAAUCUUAUCAAUAUUUGUCAAAUACCGACUUGGCUUUUGAUAGAAGAUCUGCAGAACAUGGAAAAAAAUCCAAGUGACGAGAGAAUCGAUGUCUUAAAGAAAGACGGGAGCGAUAUGUUUAUUGAAGGUGACAUUUCUGGAGCAACAGAUAUGUACAUCGCUGCUAUGCGCCUAGAAAUGGAUCAACAUAUACAGGAACUUCUUACGCCAAAACAACAAGGAAGCGAUCGUAACAACAAUAUAUCAAAUGAAGCUCUGUCGGAGAUAAGUAACAAAGACAGUACUGAUGGUAUCAAUAGUGUUAUCAGUGCUACCCUGCACAGUGCCGAUGAGGCCAUCAGAAUAAAUCCUUCAUUGCCAAAACCAUACAAGUCAAAAGCUACAGCUCUCAUUCUUCAGAAUAAAUGGGAUGAAGCCAGGGAGGUAUACUUAGCAGGAAUUAAAUCUUGUGAUGACUGUAAGGAAUUAAGACAAGCUUUGCAAGCUCUACACAAGACACAGACAUUACUAGAAACAACUCCUCAAGUCCAAGAAAGAACAAGAUCUGUUUCAAGUGAUACGAGUGAAUCCACGUUUGAUGGGCGAUCCCCAACAUCUAAAGCUAGACGAUUCAGGUUACAACACAGAAAGAAGCUUUCUCGACCAAUGGUUGGGUUAGUAAUGUCAACAAGCAUCCAGUCCUUGAAAUCAUCACUAGAAGACGAUGACGACAAUGAACAAGAUGUUAUCACAACUAAUACAACUCCUUAAAAAUAUGCAGUUACUUACUAUUUACAAUGUAUAUUAAAAAUGAUAAUCAACCUAUACUGUAAUUAAAUUAGAAAUAAUUUAUUUUACAAUUAAUAUUCUCUGCUAUCACAAAGACGUGCAUUCAAUACGCAAUGUGCAUCAAAGCUCACAAAGCAUUCUGGGAAACCAAAUAUCAAGAAAAAAAAUUAUUCCGUUUCCCCCCGUGGAAUAUUUGAAAUGCUAUACAGUAGUUAUUCAAAUUAGUCCAAAUAUUUCAAUUAAAAAUAUUGUAUAGGCUAGAAAAUGCAAGACAAUAUAACUACCGGUGUAAAAGGUUCACCAUUUUGUUUAGCACCAAGGACAUGUCAAUGCAAAGCUAAACAUUCUGGAACAAUCUCAGGCCAGCUAUCAAUUUUUCUGGUUGAGUGGUCAAGUAUAAAAGACGUGAAGUCGAGGCUGUGGGGAAACGAUAAUGUAAUUGUAAUUAUUCUUUUGUUUCCCUAGAUCCUCGACUCUGAUUGUUUUGUGCUUGAUCACUAUGAGAAUAUUAAGCAAAAUGUCGUGAUUUGUAAUUAGUAGCCAGCAAGCAAUAUUAUUUACUGAUGUCAAAGGCAGUGGCAAAUAUUAUUGUUUGUGAAACACUAACAAAUCUUGAUAUUUUGUGAUAAUCGAGUUCAAUAAUUAUUAUUUUAUCAUUCAAAGUAUUUUUUCCGUUUUCUAUUGAAAUUUUGGCUUUUUUUUAUGUCUAUCAAACAUACCAAGUCACAGGGAAGUGAGCAAUGUUCACAAAUGCAAUGCUACUGCACAUGAGCAAACUGUAUUAUUUGAAAAAAAACACCUUUGCAUCAUAAUGUGCACGAGCAAAAUCAAAACGACAGAAAAAAUAAUUUGGAUGAUAUUUAAAACUUGGCUAUUUAUUACAAAUUUUCAGAAUUGUUUGCCAAAUAUUAGUUUUACAACACAAAAGUACCUGAUUAUGAUAUCAUGUAUAUCCUAUAAAUUAUUAUUAUAAAAUUAUAAUUUGUAUUCUUUUUUUUUUUUUAAAUUUUCAUUACCAAAUAUUUUGAACCCCAGGAGUCAAGUGCUUCAUUUGAUUCACCAAUGACUCGUAACUUGUAAAUUAUGUCAUAAGACCUUGAUUUCCAUCACAAGUUAUCUAUCAUUUUAUGGCAAUACUUUAAUUGUGGAUUAUUCAAUUAAAUGUGAUGGAGGAGAGAUUGUCAGGACUAAAUGAAAGUAAUUUAAUUAGUAGCAUGGCAGUUUAGUAUUUUGCUUGAAAAAUAAUGAAAUGAUGAUAAUGUCUAGCGUUAAAGCUGCUUAUUUGAUUACUAGCAAAUCAAUAUAUUUUCUUGGUCAUUUGAAAAACAGUCUGUUGUGCCACUAAUCACAUGAACCAGAAUCUCUUUCUGAGGAAUAAAAUUCUUUUUUCAUGUGAAAUGUCAUCUAAAAUCACUGCCAUUUUGUGCCUUCCUGUUCAAACCUCUGUGAUAAUGUGUUCACUACCUGACCCAGGCUUUCUUAGUAUUUAGUUUUUCCACUUGAUUUGCUACAAAUGAUGAAAUAAAAAAGAAAGUUAAUUUGAA